AUGCAGGUGACAAGGGCCGUAGCGAGCGCAGACGACACGCUAGGACGUCGUCAAGCCACAGAUCCAGUCGUAGAGACGAAGAACCAGUUUCGCGUGUGGCUGGCACAAUCCAGGAACAAAUAUGUCGAUGACCUGUCGACGGACGAGGCCAUGGAGCUGUUCACGGACGAGUUUGCGAAGAAAUGGAACCGUGGGAAGCUGUCCAAGAUGUUCUACCAAGGCCUCCCCGACGCUGUGGUGGAGCAGACGAAGCGGACGCGUCAUCAAUGGGGUUUUGUGUCUAAACUGGGAGACAGGGAGAAGUUUGAGUUGGCAACAGCCAAAGAUUCGGUGGAUGUAGCCACAAAGAAGAAGAACUUGCUGGUGUCUGACGAGAAAGCGAAGGGGGGAAGAGAAGAAGAAGAAGGAGACAGGAGCAGGUCUAGACGUCGAGCUAAAGAGAACGGAGAGGGCGAUAGAGAAGGAGACAGAAAACGUCGCAAGCUGGAGCGUAGAAGAGAUCGAGAGUACCGAGACGUGGUGAUGGAUGAACUCGCGCCCAGAGCGACGGGAAGAGAAGCGCAGAUCGAGAAGAGACGCCAAGUUGGAGACAAACUGCACGGAGCCGCGAGAGACCGGGAAGAUACGCGAGAUGGACUUGAUCUAAGUGACGCCUUCUUGAUGGGCGGAGGUGGAGGUGAUGACGAUCUGAAGCGCCGCAUGGCUCAGAGGGAUGUGGCACGACGUCGCAAACAGGAAGAGCAGCAGGACAAACUAGCGGGUCUGAAGGCGAAGGAGUCGGCGCGUAUGGACAAGUUUUUGGAAGAUAUGGGCCUUGCUGGACCCAACGCGAAUGGUGGCAAGCCCAUGACCAUUGCGCCUCGUCGAUAGACACUCGCUGCAUGGAUUCUCGAAGGACGUAUAAACCAAGGAAAAUAUCAUCUGUGUAGUAUUAGAUACGCGGUAGUGUGGGUUGUCAGUAGCUUCGCGCUCGCUUCAUCCGCCCCAAGCUGUUUGCGUACGACUGCUGGGAUUUUCUUUGCAAUAA